AAACUUAAAAAACAAAAAACACGUGAAACUGAACCCCUAUUACGCCUCUGAGAAGUGAGAAGAACAGUUCUCAACUCGCAACUCGCAGUCUCGCACCCACCCUUAUCUUCAGAUCAGCCCCCGGAGGGAUGUCAAUCUGCUCUCUUCAGUUCAAUUCAUCUAUCACGAUUGAAGAUCCAGGCAAUUGGAUUACAAUAACACAAGGUGGGGGUGGAAUUGCUUCCUCUAUUCAUCUCAUCUCAGAUCCAAGCAAUCAAUCGUGUUACAAUUACACACGUGGGGUGAAGUGAAAUUGCUGCUUCCCAGAGAGAUGAGAAUGGGGUUUUCCUAUAACAAAAGGAAGAAUAUGGUGGAAUUGGCUGUGUUGCGGGAAUGCACAGUAUUGCAGACUUCAAGUAUAUCCGUUUUGGAUAUUAAUCCAGAUUCUGAACAUAAAGAUGGAGAUACUGGAUGGCCUGGUAUGAUGAGCAUAUGGGUAUAUGAACUUGAUAGUAUGUAUGACCAUCCAAAUCUACCUAUGGCUGGAGAAGCAUGGCAACUAUUGGAAAUACAAUGCCAUUCAAGGCUUGCUGCUAGAUGCUUUCAGAAGCCUAAGAAAGGUUUAAAAUUUGAUGGCUCUGAUGAUAAUGGUGAUCUGCCUUCCAUGGAUAUACGCUCGAGCAGUAUUAAGUCCCUUUACUAUGGAACAGUGCAGAUCCUGACACAGGAGUACCUUGCUGAGGUUCAUUUUAAUCAACCAGUACAGAUGUGGGUAAGAUUAAUCAAUUGGAAAAGGACAAAGAUGUUAUUGCUCAGGCACAAGCAAUUGCAGCUCUUGAAGCAUCACCCCGGUCAUCGUUUUCUUUUGUGAAUGCUCUAAACAAUUUUCUCUGUGACUCCCAAGGAUGAACAUCAGAAACAGAUUGGGAGCAAUAUCUGCCAAUGUUGAAAAGGAUUUGGAGAGAUGGCAUAAUGCAAGGAAUGCAAGGAUUUUGAUAAUGUGCACAUGAAGUGAACAGCUAACUAUUUUAUGUGAUUAUAUUUUGUAGCAUAGCCUUCUCUAUCAAUGUAUCAAUGUAUCAAUGUGCCACUGUUCUGUGUGAUAAUGUGCCACUGUCUCAAUGUGCCCUUAACUAGCAAAUAAAUAAAUAAAUUAUUUUUUUUGGAAUA